AUGACAUUCGGAUCACUCGUACCGUUCGCAGAACCCGCCCACUGCAGGGACCUCCCAUCGCCGUACUACAACGAGUCGCACGACAGGCUCAGGAAGGCAGCACGCGAAUGGGCCGAAGAGCACAUCAUGGACGUCGCCUACGAGUGGGAAGAGGAGAAAAAGUCGGUCGACCCGGCCGUGUACCAGCAAGCAGCCAAGGACGGCAUCGUCACCUGCCUCGCAUUCGGCACCAAGAUCCCCAAGAAAUGGGCCAAGCCGGACGGAACCGUCUUUGGCGGCGUCAAGGUCGAGGAGUGGGACGGGUUCCACGACGCGAUCCUCAUCGACGAGCUCCACCGCAACGGCUCGCUCGGCGUCGGUCAAGGCCUCUUUGGCGGUCUCCAAAUCGGCUGCCCGCCCAUCUACCACUUUGGCUCGCAGGAGCUCCAGGACCGCGUCCUCCCCGACAUCCUCAGCGGCAAGAAGCGUGUUUGCCUAGCCAUUACGGAGCCCAAUGCGGGAAGUGACGUCAAGAACCUCUCGACCGAGGCCAAGUUGUCCGAGGACGGGAAGCACUUUAUUGUCAACGGGACGAAGAAGUGGAUCACGAACGGGAUCUACUCGGACUACUUCACCGCGGCCGUCCGCACCUCUGGCAAAGCAGGCGACACGCACGGGAUCUCGUUCCUCCUGAUUCCCAACACUGAGGGCGUCACGCGUCGUCGCAUGUACAUGAGCGGUCAGCACUGUGCGGGGACCACGUUCUUGUCGUUCGAGGACGUCAAGGUACCCGUGGAGAACUUGAUCGGCGAGAAGGACAAGGGGUUCAAGAUGAUUAUGACGAACUUCAAUCACGAACGAGUCAUGGUGGCACUGGUGGGCCACAGGCUCGCGCGCGUCUGCAUCGAGGACGCCUUCUCGCACGCCUCUCGCCGCGUCGUCUUCAAGAAGAAACUGCUCGAGUCCGAGGUCAUCCGGAACAAGCUCGCCCACAUGGCGCGAGUCGUCGAGGCUCAGCAGGCUUGGAUUGAGUCCAUCAUCUACGCCUCGCAGAACCUCUCGCACGAGGAGGGCAACAAGCGACUCGGCGGCAUCACGGCGCUGCUCAAGGCUCAUGUGUCGAUCACGCUCGAAUUGGUCGCUCGCGAGGCGGUUCAGGUCUUCGGCGGACUCGGACACACGCGCGGAGGAGUUGGCGAGAGGGUCGAGCGGAUUCGGCGCGAUGUGAAGGGUGUCGCGAUCCCUGGGGGAAGCGAAGAGAUUAUGCUCGACUAUGGGGUCCGCAGUGAGGUCAAGCUCGCGCUGGGUCUCGGAGCAAAGAUGUAG